GGUCUUAUUGAAAUGUUUUUUGGUGCACGUGUGACAAUAUCUGGUAUCAAAAUAGACCACAGUGAACCAGCAUUAAUUAUAAUGAAUCAUCGGACAUGUUUAGAUUGGUUGUUUUUUUGGAUUGCUUUAAUUCGAAUAGAUCCAUGGCUUUUGACAUCACAAAAGAUAUCUUUAAAGGUUUGCUUACAAUGA